UCUGUCCCCGACACCGCGAACUCGUAGCGCUCACCGAGCGCUCACAUAGCUUACUAUGCCAGUUGGGAUCGAAGCUUGGGUCACUCAAAUACCUCCUGUAACUCGCGGGUGGUUGGCGCUUUGCGUACUCACGAGCUUGGCUGUGCAAUGUCAGUUGGUCACACCACUGCAGCUGUACUUUAGCUUCAAGUCAGCUUUUGUCAAUAGCCAGCCAUGGCGGGCAGUCACAACUUUCUUCUAUUUCGGUCCAAUAUCGCUGGACUUUGUCUUCCACCUCUUCUUCUUCAUGCGGUAUAGCCGUUAUCUAGAAGAAUCCUCUUUCGCAAAUCGCAAGGCGGACUACUUCUGGUUAUUGCUUCAAUCAUCUGUCCUCCUCCUGCUGAUGUCUCCUCUUUUCAACCUCCCAUUUCUCUCGUCUCCUCUUGCGUUCGUCCCAAUCUACCUCUGGUCAAGACGGCACCCAUCCACCCCCAUAUCGCUGUUCGGGAUUGUCACCAUCACCGCGCCGUACCUCCCAUUAGCCCUUGUCGGAUUCUCGUGGAUAUUGAAUGGCACCUGGAGAGCGGCCGCUGGCGACCUCAUGGGAUGCGCUGUCGGGCACAUAGGGUGGUUCAUCCGCGAUGUUUGGACGCGUGAGAUGAUGGGCGGCCCGUCGGUCUUCAGCGAGGCGCCUCCCAGAUUAAAACGUCUCUUUGGUGAAAACUACUAGCUAGACAUCUGUAACAUCA